UGUAAGGAGUAAUUUUGCUACGUCUAAUAUAAUUACAUUUUAACAUUAGAAUUUAAAUUAUGUGACCAAUUACUGUAGUUGAGGAAACAAUUGGGCAAGAAGUGGAAUGCACUUUCAAAAGUAGAAAAAGAAAAUUUCAUGGCAAAGUCCAAAGAAAGUUCAAAACAAUAUUCACUUCAAAAGGGUGUGGUUCCAAAGUUAUAUCUUCAGACUCGAUGCUCCCCCGAGCGAGUUAUUAGAGUGAUUGAAAAUUUAGAACCAAAGCAAAAGGCAGCCAUAGAAGAAAUAGGAUUUGGUAGCCUCUUGCAACUUCGAUGUAGGAAAAUAGAUCAUGGGUUAUGUCUUUGGUUGAUAAAUAGUUUUAAUCCGAACACUUAUAUGUUACAGUUGUAUAAUACUUGUAUCAAAUUAUCCCCCAUUGAUGUUGAAUUUAUUAUGGGAUUGAGGGCAAGAGGGUUAAAGAUUGGCAUGAACAAAGAUGUUGGUCAUAAGAAUGAUUUAUGUAAAAAAUAUUGUGAUAAAAAAGGGCGAUUGCCAUUAGUGAUGUUAGAAAAUCAAAUUAGGGAGGAUAAAGAGGGUGGAAACGAUUUUAAAGUUCGUUUUGUAUUAUUUGUGUUGGGUGCAUUAUUGUGCCCAACAAUGAAGCUUUUUGUGAAUCGCUCUUUCUUACAUAUUGUGGAAGACAUCGAUUCAAUAAAGAAGAUGAAUUGGGCAGAAUUUGUGUUGUCCUAUCUUGUGCACGGGAUUGAAGAGUUUAAGAAGAAACAACAAAGUGGGGUUUGCGGUUGCUUAUUGUUUUUAAUGUUAUUCUACCACGAGCAUAUAUCCUUUGAAGAGAAAUUCCUACCGCUAUAUACUCGACCUUCUCCUCGGAUUACUGCUUGGGGAGAUGAUGAAGUCUUGGACAGGAAACGAAGAUUGAAAAAACUUGGUGGAUAUGCAAAUGAGGAUCUCAAAAUAUGGGUGAUAGAAAAUGAGAUAAGGGAUUGCGUUGAUGGAAAUGCAACGACAAUGGCGAGUGAGAAUGAGGACGAUGAGAAAUUUGUAUCCAAUCUAAACAAAGAUGUUAUUAAACGAGUUGAUGGUGGGAAGUUAAUGGAGAUGGAUAAAACCUUUCAACAAUUAAAGACACAUCUACUUGAUAUGGCUUAUGGUGCAAGUAGUAGUAGUUGUGAUAAAAUUUUGGCUAAAUUUGAGGAGAAUUAUACUCAAGUGAAAGGUCUCUUCCUUAGGUCAAGCGGAAAACCUUUGAGAAUGCACGAGGAAGGAACGAAGAAUGACAUGCUCUCAUGCGAGAGAAGUUUGGAAGAUACGAACAAUAUGAAUGUGAAUGAACAUUAUCUUCACACUUUGUCAAAUGAGAAGUUAUGCACCGAGGACUUUAAUGAAAAGAAUGAAGAUGCAUGUGCUACAUCAAUUGAAGUGCAUAUCAUUCCAGACGAAAAUGAAAAUAUCUUACCACUUCCAAUCAAAAGGAGUAGAAGAGAUUAUGGAAAGGAACCAUUACGAGCACUAUGCUGUUAUCCUAAUCAUGUCAUGAAAACACGUUCAUCAAGGGAGAGGAAACCAAGUAAAUUCAAGGUCUCCCCGUUUGUACAGAAAUCAAGGAAGAUGGUAAAACGUGAAGCAUCAGAGUGAGCUUCUUGUUGACUUUGGUCAUGAACAUGGAGUUCGUGGAGAUUUUGCAUGCUUACGUCCUAGACAAAAUUUGAUGGAUGUUGUAAUAAAUUUAGAAGCCUCAAAGCUAAAUUAUUUUGAAAGACAAUUCAUAGGCAUACGAAGUAUAAGAUGCUAUCUUCCCACGACAUUUUCACAAAUGAUUUUGUGCGGGAAUCCUCAUCCUUUUUUCGAUAGAAAAACAUCCAUCGUUAGUAAGUACAUUAGUGAAUUCGAUGAUUGCGAGAAGCUAUUUAUUCCAAUGCAUGACGAAUGCCCUGGUCAUUGGUAUCUGUGCGUCAUUGACUUCAAAAACUCUCAUACCCAAAUUUUGGACUCAUUACGAUCGAAGAAUCGAGACAAGUUCCGGUUUCAGAGUGUCAAAACAGUGGUUGAAUUUUGUCAAACGUUCUUCAAACUAUCUGACAUAGGGAAAGAUGUCUUCCAAUUCUCCAUUGAUUGGGCUCCUUCGAUUCCGACCCAAGAGAAUGGGUGGGACUGUGGAGUGCAUGUCAUUAGACAUAUGCAGAGAUUCAAAAAUGGUGAUCCGAUGACGAGCUCCGACUUUUGUAAUUCUAUGAAAAUACGUCGAGAAAUAGCAUGUGAUUUAGUUUUACACGAGGGAAAUAGAGAAAAACAAACCAUUGUGGCUAUUGUUUGUACAAAGACGUCGACACGAGCAAUGAAAAAAUUAUUAUUAUGAUA